AUGAGAAAUUCUAAUCAGCGUACUAACGUUGCUCGUUCACCAUCCCCCCAACCCAUCGCGAAUAGGCCUUCUGAACCUGCCCAAGAACGCGGUUCUAUACCACCAGCCCAAAGUUCUCAAUCAGUGGCCCAAAGAUAUCCGAUAUCGCUAACAAUACCAUUGACUAAUCAGAGAAAAAUAAAUAUAAUUAAAGAGUCUGGAGUGGGAGUCAGACUAUCUCAUAUGCCAGUGAACUUUCAUUCAGAUGUAUAUGGCGAUGCUAUUUAUAAUGCUAUUCCUAGAGAGUCUGAGAGAGAUCAUAGUACACCAAGGUCUCCACAAGGACCACCAUCAAGAUCUCCACAAGGACCUCCACAAAGACCAUCAUCAAGAUCUCCAAAGGGGCCUCCACAUGGAGCACUAUCAAGAUCUCCACAAGGACCUCAACAAGGACCAACAUUAAGAUCUCCACGUGGACCACUAUCAAGAUCUCCACAAGGACCUCCACAAGGACCACCAUCAAGAUCUCCACAAGGACCUCCACAAGGACCAACAUCAAGAUCUUCACGUGUACCACUAUCAAGAUCUCCACAAGGACCUCCACAAGGAUCAUUAUCAAGAUCUCCACAAGGACCAACAUCAAGAUCUCCACAAGGGCCACCAUCAAGAUCUCCACAAGGACUGCCACAAGGACCAACAUCAAGAUCUCCACAAGGACCACCAUCAAGAUCUCCACAAGGACCUCCACAUGCACCACCAUCAAUACCUCCAGAAGGACCAAUAUUUAGAUCUCCACAAGGGCUACCAUCAAGAUCUCCACAAGGAUCGCCACAAGGACCAACAUCAAGAUCUCCACAAGGUCCUACACAAGGACCACCAUCAAGAUCUCCACAAGGACCAACAGCAAGAUCUCCAUAA